AUGCUAUUACGUGCUGAUCUAGCUCGGAAGUCCUUCGAAUCACGUAAGUUGGUUUUCAGAGCUGAGAGUCACGCAGGUCGCUUCAAGAAGUCUCGCUUCGACGCCAAGUCGUCAGUUUGGCCAGGUCAUGAUAAAUCUCUAGAUGACAGUGCCGAUACUGAUGCUUCAUCAGUAUACUCGGAACUAGGCUCGGAAAUUCCAGAAACGGAUGACGAAGAAUCCUCAGGUGAAAAUAGCGACCCUGAACCCAUUGAUGAGCCCGAAGCCGGAGAAGAAGGAGUUCCAAAGAAGUCGGCGGAAGAAAUAAAAUGGGAGGAAACUGAUGCUUUGAUAGCUCGUCAGGCCGACUUGGACAAGCAGAUUGAGUUCGUUAUGGGUGAACAUAUACCUAGCAUGUAA